AACCAUCCUUGCAACGGUAGACUAGCUAAGAGGAUCAAAGCUUACAUGGAGAUUCUUGUCAGUUUUGAAAGAAGAACCUCAACACUUUGCCUUAACCUUUGACGAAUUAAUAUGUUUUUAAAAUUAUUUUUAAAAAAAUUGUGUUACAAGGAGUGUUGACGUUUCAUACAAAGACUAUGGAGCUAUUUCUGUACUUUGUUCUUGUGUGUGAGUGGGUUUUGUUAUGUGGUGGUCAAGAAGAAAAGGACACGACCUUAAAUCUGGGUGCCACCAUAACAAAACUAGCCGUGAGUGAUGAGUACGUCUACGUAGGGGGAGUGAACUUUGUAGCCCAGCUGACCAAACCGUUGGAUGUGGUUCUAUUUAAUCUGACCAUUGGACCGGUUUUAAAAGACGAAGAUUGCCGGCCACAAACCGUACCGUGUGACAACCAGGUGAUGGUGAUGGAGAUAGACGCCAAUCUGGGCUGGCUGGUUGUCUGUGGUACAGCCUACAGAGGGACGUGUACACUGCACAGUCUGUCUGACAUUACAGUCUGGCGGUGUCUGUAUGGAGACAAUGGGGCAGACAUUUUAGCAGGGGACGUCACCCAUACGACAGUUUUUAAAUUCCUGCCCCCUGUAAAUAACAAUAACUUACUUUCCCAAUCAUUCAAUUUCUCUCAAGCAAAUUGCAAUGGGGACAGGUUUACAUUUAACUCAUUUGAUCCUGUGAUACAUAAUUCAAGCCCAUUGAAGGAUACGACUAUGGCCUCAGUGGCCAUCGUAGCUAGAGGAGACAUGGACAGCGCAGGUUCGGAUCCCAUGAUCAUCUCACUGAGACAAAUCACCUACGUCAACGACAUGUACGUCAUCAGCCAUCUUCUGGACGGCCAGUCCACACCAAAAGGUGUCUACAUCAACGCUACAGAGAGGUCAAAGUUCAACAUAGACUUCAAGCUGUCUUUUACUUGGGGCGAAUACUCCUACCUCAUUUCAACACAAGUUCGCAAUGAGGCGAAAGUUGUCGUUCUUAGUCGAGUGGAAACUGGCAACGUUUUAUCCUUAGUGGAGAUUGUCUUGGAAUGUAGAGACGAGAUGUACAACAUAUUAAAGGCUGCUUCUUUAGGCUUGAUUGGGACAACAACAUUUCCUAGUGCCGACCGCUAUCCUAUUUUGUUUGUGGCGUUUGGUACCGCUGAUGGAAAAGAGGCGGACAUUUUAUGUUCCUAUGAACUGAAGACAAUGAACGACCAAGAAAUAGCUUUUGUUGCCAUAGACAUUCAGAAUUUAGGAGAGCUGGUACCUUGGGUCCACGCAUCACAUUUGGUACCCUCGGAACGAAGUGGUCUGUACUUUCGCCUCAAGUCAGCAAUUAGAAAAGAGCCUAUGUUCACAUCCAACUCAACCAUACGAGGCAUCCACACACUUGACGCGGAGACUGAUGUUCAAGUUUUGAUGCUAGGGGACUCCAACAGAAUCGAGAGGAUUAGCGUGUCUGAUGUGUUACUUGUCGCCGUUCUCAAUGACACAAUCAUUAAAUCCUGGACAGAAUCAGAGACGGUCGGGCAAAAAACUGCAAUUGGGUCACUUGACCAAUCGAAUCAAGUCUUAUAUCUUGCUACAGGAGAUAAGCUGACAAAUAUGAGCACCAACUUCUGCAAGCAGUUCAACACAUGCACAGAGUGCCACGCCCAAGGGAACGAGUGCUACUGGAUACUGGCAAGAAAAACCUGCAUCAAAAAACCACCAUACGGCAAUGAACGGAUACGUUGUCCCCCUGUCAUUUCGAGGUUUAGCCCCCAGCAAGUGCCAUCAAAGGGCGGCUCAAUCUUGACCCUACGAGGUGAGCAGUUCAGCACCCCUGAUAGUCAAACGAGGGCUCACGUGUCUGUGUGUGACAUUCCAUGUGACAAUGUGACAGUGGUCAACAACACGUUCAUCAGAUGCUCUGUGCCUGCCAGGUGUCAAAGGUGUUUAUCCAACUGCACCAUCAAAAUUGAUUUACGGGCCACAAACUCAAACCAGAGCUACGGGAACGCUUCCACUGACCAGAUGUCUGGCAAACCGAGGCUGCAAUACGUGGUGCCUGUGGUUGAGUCCGUUCUACCAACAAAAGGGCCCAUUUCUGGGGGGACAGUUUUAACUGUCAGAGGCAGAUUUCUGAAUUCUGGGAGCAACAGGACAAUUUCGCUAGCUGAUAGGACAUGUACGGUCAUUGAGACAAGCACCAACGAAGCCAAAUGUUGGAUCUCCAACUCCUCAUCACCAACACGACACAAUCCCGCCAACAUCAGUUUGACCAUUGACGCCUUCACGGAAACGUUCAACAGAACACAGUUCCAUUUCCUGCCUGAUCCAGUGGUCUACAGUAUCUCGCCCAAAAACUCCUUCAUUAGCGGCGGUUCAAAGGUCACAAUUAGCGGCUCCAGCCUUGACAGUGUUCAACGUCCACAGCUGAUUCUCGGGAUCAGGCUUACAUCUGUCUUGGAAAUGCCAUUCACAAAUUGCACGCUCUUCAACAACGGGUCUCAAAUGAUCUGCAAAAGUCCCAAUCUUAAGACGACCGCUCUGGACCAAGACAGCAAUUUUCACCAGGGAAAGUUUAACAAAACCUACCUGGUCGUUUCAAUGGACAACUACAACACCACACGCAACAGCACAGCGUUUGUGAUCCACAAGGACCCAUACAUCAGAUCGUUCAACGAUUUUUCCAAACCUUUAACGGUCGCACACUCUCAAAUAGUUUUAAAGGGUGAGAACAUCCCCACCUGGCUUGACAAGCAAGAGAUCGAGGUGACCCUGGGGCUGACCAGAUGCCCCGUGACCCACAUCAACACCACCACCAUCACGUGCAACGGCUCUGAGAUGGCCACUAAGAUGAGCCUUUGCGUUCUACAAAUGAAAAAGCUACAGACAACUCCAAGUCCAACGGAAACAAGCACUUUUGUAGACAAGGAGUUGACGACACAGCCCUUCAUAUUUUUUAAUGAGACUAGUACUAUAAAAAACGCAAUGUCUUUACAAGAAGGGCCGACAACUCCUUCUACACUGCCCCUAUCGCAAUCAACAACCCAGCCUUCACAAAGUCCAACAACCGCUUCCCGAGUUACCCCAUCACGUCCGACAACUCCUACUAGACUUCCCCCAUCACGUCCGACAACUCCGCCGAUGACAAUCAAAGAAUGCUACACCCAGGACAACAACUUCUUCAGGUUUAACGUGAGCCUACAGGUCGGGAACAUACACUACCCACUGGGCCACAUGAGGUUCGAAUCCUCCAGCUCUAAGACAGAACCUACCACGAUGCCAGCAUCCAUGAAAAUUAUCCUGGCUAGCAUAAGCGCCGUGGCUGUGGCUGCCAUUGUUGUGGCCGCCACGUUCUGCUUCGUCAGGAGGUCAAAGGCCAAAGCUUUACAGAAGAGUCGACGUUAUUUUGAUCGGCCUUCUAAAGAUGCGGCUCCCGUACCUACCCUUCAGGAGAUUCUGGAGUCUGUGAUAGAGCCAGAGAAGUUGGGGGAAAUCAGCCAGCUGAUCAUCGGCCUUGAUCGAUUAACUGUUGGAAAAUCAAUAGGAUCAGGAAACUUUGGCUGCGUGUUUGAGGGUCUGUUGGAUGUUGGACCAGCAACUCCGGCCUUAAAGGUCGCCAUCAAAACCUUGCAAGACUCGAUGUCCCACAGCAUCGACCUGAAGGGUUUUGUCCAAGAGGCCGUGAUGAUGCGAGAGUUCCAACACCCCAACGUCCUGGGACUGGUUGGUUUGUCAGAGAAAGAGCGGGGCGUGCCCUACGUUGUGCUGCCUUUUAUGGAGAACGGUGACCUCUUGACCUACGUCCGGGACUCCGCCGUGACGUUAACAUUGCAUGACGUCAUCAAGUUUGGCGCCGAUAUAGCAGACGGCAUGUCGUACCUGAGUUCACUAAAGUUCGUCCAUAGAGACCUGGCUGCCAGGAACUGCAUGCUGGACAGUGUCCAUCGUGCUAAAGUGGCCGACUUUGGUCUGUGUCGGGACAUCUAUGAGAAGGGCUACUACACCAGCGACAACAAGAAAAAACUGCCCAUUAGGUGGAUGGCUAUAGAGAGUAUAGAACAUGGGGCUUACAGUACCAAGUCAGAUGUUUGGUCGUUUGGUGUGGUCCUGUGGGAGAUGCUGACAAGGGGAGUAACUCCAUACCCUGGUGUUGACGGCUGGGACGUCAUCAACUUCUUACGUCAGCGUCGUCUGCCACCGCCCCACUUCUGCCCAGAGGAAUUGUACAAUCUAAUGAUGCAGUGCUGGGCCAAGGACCCUAACUUGAGACCCUCCUUCAAGGCCCUGCACUGUGAACUUCUUGCCAUGAUAGGUCAAACCUCUCCGGACUCGCCCACUACCUACCUCAACAACGCCAGGAAGACAAGCCAAAACACCGACGACCCCGCCCCUGCGACCCCCACCCUCUUCACCUUCCAACCUUACAUGAACCUCUCCACGGGCGACUCGCAGAAGAGAAACGAAAUCACGAAACCCGUACCGAAAUCCAGAAAAACAAAACCAUCUUCAGACAGAAAAACCGGCGGCGCUUCUUUCGAUGGUGAUGAAGUAAAGGUGGGGGCGGAGACUGCAAGGAGUGUCGUCAGGAACUGUGCCAUCAUCAUUCCCGUCUGCUACUCGCAUCGUGAGGUCACGAAAAACGCGGCAGAGCUAUACCUACAACUGGUGGACAACUACGAGUCAGCACCCGUAUUCUCGAACGAACUUGCCAAGUUAACCAAAAAGAAAUCUCAUUCCAAGCCCUCAAAACAGAAAGCUAAAACACACUCAAUGGAACUUUCGGAAACACAUUCAAUGGAACUUUCGGAAAUACACUCAAUGGAACUUUCGGAAACACACUCCAUGGAAGUUUCGGGUGAACAUAAAGUGGUAUUAGAUCGCGAUGCCAGAUACUAUGAACUUCAAAACAUGGCUAAAGAUUCAAGCGGUUAGAUGUUAGUGUUGAUGUAUAAGUUUAAAAGAUGUUCAGUGUUGAAUUGUAAAUUUAUUACAUGUUCAGUGUUGAAAAUAUGUUUAUAUUCAACGCUAAAGUUUUUUUUUAAUGUUGACAAUACAAGUUUCUUCCUUGUCAAGUUAAAAGUCGAUCUAAGUAAUUAAUUCUCUUCCUUAUGGUUUUUAAUAACUUCCUUCUGUACAGACAGUAUGGUGUUUGAUGUAUGUAUAACACGGAAAGUGGUUGUUGCUGUCUGAAUGUUUUCGUAAAAAUAAAAGUGCAGUUAUGUCGUCAUUGUCUAGUUAGUUAUGUGGUCAGUAUCUGGUCAGUCUAGCAGUUAUGUGGUCAGUAUCUGGUCAGCCUAGCAGUUAUGUGGUCAGUAUCUGGUCAGCCUAGCAGUUAUAUGGUCAUUAUCUGGUCAACCUAGCAGAGAGAGGGGGUCUGAUACACGGGCAACAUCUGGGAGAGAGGGGGGCCUGAUAGUAGUAUAUUAGGUCACUUUUGGGUCGUAGGCGCAGGCGCAGGCGCCGCAGGGACAAAGAUAUAUAGUAAAAUACUCGGGAGGGGGAGGG